GACAUUUUUAUAUAGUUUUAUACUGUUUUGUAAAGUAGGUAAAACACUGAGAAAAUUGUCAUCAACUAUGGAUCCUUGCAUGUAAAAUCAAAGGACAAAAGUCAGGUGGCCGGCUAGUAGUGUUGCAGGUCUCCUCCUCCAUGUUGCACAACUACCAUCUUCUUCACUCUCCUGUAUUAAAAACACACUCCAAAUCUAUAUUUGAAUACAUGAAGUAUGCAUGAUUGUUGAUACAGGGCUUCAUUCCAGAAGAAAAAGAAAAAAUGUCUUCCAGUUGCACCUCCAAUAAAUAUCCUGCAGCAUGUGGGGCUUGAAAAGUACUUCCACAAACAAAUUAGCAGAAAAGCAAAAAGACAGCACGGCAGCUGCGGCGUCCAAUCAUCGUACAGAAUCAAUGUAGCGUCAUAAACGUGCAUUGCAGUGGGUGUAAAGGAGGAGAUUUGAACUUUGAGUCUGCAGAAACAGAAGCAGCUGAGAGUUUUAGUGACACCAGGGUGAGGAACUUUGGUUGUCUGUCUGCCUGCCCGUCUCGGGACUGGACACCAUGUCUUUUAUCCUGAUGAAGAAGAAGAGGUUUAAGUUUAAAGUGGACUUUGAUCUGGAGGAGUUGUCGUCGGUUCCGUUCGUAAACGGAGUUUUGUUCUGCAAAGUUCGACUGUUGGACGGGGGCUUCGCGGAGGAGUCCACUCGGGAACCAGUCCAGGCCAACUGUGUCUUCUGGAGGAAGAGAUUCACGUUCAUGUGUAAGAUGAGUGCUAAUGCUGGGACAGGUGUACUGGACCCCUGUGUGUGCCGGGUGUCUGUGCGCAAGGAAUUAAAAGGAGGGAAAGCUUUUGCAAAGCUGGGCUUUGCUGACUUAAACCUAUCAGAGUUUGCCGGCUCUGGCAACAUGACUCGGCGGUGUCUCCUGGAGGGUUAUGACACCAAAAACACCAGACAGGACAACUCAAUUCUCAAGGUUGUCAUUAGCACACAACUAAUGUCUGGAGAUCCCUGUUUUAAAACGCCUCCAUCUACAGCCAUGACUUUAGGAAUUCCACAAGCCGAAUCAGGGUGUCUGCUAGAGGAUAGAAAGGGAAGCAACAUGCACAUAUUGCAUCUAGUCACUGAGACUCCAAAGAAAUCCGUUUCAGUGCCAGAGGAACUGGUGGUUUAUGGUCACUCUAGAACGUCCAGCUAUGCAAGUCAGAAAUCAAAGAUCUCAGGUUACAGCUCCAAUCACUCCAGUUUAACUGACCUCAGCCAUCGGAGGAGCGCCUCAGGAGGCUCUGUCUCCACAGGCAUAGGCAGCAUCCCUGAACCCAGUGAUCAGCAGAUAGACAAAGGAGAAAGGUCCACUCCACCUGUCUCCUCAAACUGUCCACAUACAACUGGGAACCAAACAUCCCCUGUCAGGCCUCCCAGACAUCAUCUGAAACAGAACUCUAUGGAAAAUCAGCUGAAAAGAGUCGACGCCACCAGGGUGGAUGCAGAUGACAUAAUAGAGAAAAUCCUGCAGAGCCAAGAUUUCAGUCACAGCAUUUUAGACUCCAGUGCUGAGGAAGAGGGACUCAGUUUGUUUGUUGGUCCUGGUGGGAGUACAGCCUUGGGAAGCCAGAACACGAGAUCUACAGCUGCAGCCUUUGAGCAGGUGGUGAUCAAGCGCUAGACUAUGGCAAGCAUUUGGCUGUUUGACAGAGUGCAGUAUUACACUGAUUGGAGGACACCAGGCUUAAGUAGUGGAGAAGGCACACCCUGGAGGCCUCACUGUAUCUGGCUCACCACUCCUGUGUAGCAGCAGUGCCUUCUACUGUUCACUCUUCAGAACUAGAGCUUAUUAAUCUGCAACAAGUGUGAUCAAAGUAAUGCAGUGGACGUUAAAAACAUUGACAAAUA